AGUGUAAUAUACGCAUACAGUGAAUUAGACUCAAAUCGGUCGAUUAUUUUAUUUAUCUUACCUAUUUCUUAGUACCACAAAAGAAGCGAAUUAAACAAAUAAUCUUGUUAACAAUGAGUGAUUUACUAGACGAGGAUGUGGAAUUCCGCGGAGGUACCUUACAGUUAUCAGCCGACAACGUCAAUGCAGAAAAUGCGGAUAAUAAUCAAAACAAUACAGCGGAAAAAGUGAAUAGAAAUAAACCAAGAUCAUAUGCAAAUUCUUCUGUUUUGUCUGGUGCUGAUUCCCUAUCGUCGUCAACGUCAUCCUUUGCUGAUGCUAGAACAGAUGAACAAAGAAAUGAGGGAGCUGCAGCUUCUUCAGAGUCUGUGAAGACAGUAUACCCUCGUUAUGAUGUGCCAUUUGAUAGAGAAAACAUAAAGGACUUCUUUACAUUCCGCAAUGGAGUGGUGGAAAAUUCUAUACAGGAGUGUAUAACUGCUUUAUUGUUCCCUGAAGAUGGGGAAUACUUGGGCUCCUGGUUAUUAACUGAAAUAACAUUGUGGGAUAAUGAAAAAGAGAGAAUUGUUAUCUUAACAUCCAGACUGGUAAUGACUAUAAAAUAUGACUUUAUUGCAAUGAAACAAUUGGACUUCAAGAAAACGUACCUAGAUGACUUGGAUACUAUAGUUAUUGGAGAGUUAGUUUACCCGCCAUCGUCUUUUGUACCUCGACUUAAUGGGAUUGCAACUGGAGUCUCGACGGUAGUUAAAGACUGCGUUAUAGACCGCCUGUGCAGGAGGCCUAACACCGACAACGAGGACACUAAACUGUUCGAUCCCAAGUAUUUUGAACCUAGGGAGCGUAAUCUUCGAGGCGUUCGUCUAAUGUGGAAUAAAGGAGAACCCUUGCCUCUGAAGACUGUGUGGAAUCCCUUCAGCCAGGACGUACCUUUCCUGACAUUUGCUUCACAUCCCAUUUACUGGCAUAAAGAAGGCGGACCAGACGAAAAAGCGACUUUCGAUAUGGAGAUAUUUGCACAAAAGCUUCAAAGAGCCAUAGAGACUAUGCCCUCGUCAGCUUGCUGCAUCCACCAUUCACCAAUAGUGAUACAGAGCUACGUGGGUGUAACGUCAAUGCUUCAUAACAAAACUAGUAUGGGCUUCUUCAAGGUUAGAGGGAAGUUUAGCUUUUAAUGCUGGUAGGGCGGCGCCACUGUCGCUGUUGUUAAUAGUGAUUGGAGCAUUUUAAAACUGCUAUACAAGUAGAUGAAUCAUAUGGACUUCAUUGCAUUACAAUAAGGUGCAUAUUGUUCAACUACUUUUGUAGUAGGAAUUUAAAAAGAGAGCAGAAUUUAACGAUGAAAAUGGAUCUGUCCACACAUUAGGAGUAAUGUUCGGUUCAGUUUGAGGAUGGCCUUUGUCGUAUAAAAUGAUGGUCUAACCAAAGUGAAGCCUACUAGCUUAUGUUCACUAGUGGUCAUUCAGUUUCAGAUUAAAAUAUAUAAGAGAUUGCACCUACUUUCGGUGCCUUAAUUACCCAUAAUAGCACCUAUGAAAUUAUAAAUUUCGAAUUAUAAUUCUUAGUAAA